AGUCAGUUGCACCGCGACCGUCGGGCAGAGCGCACGUCACGGUCGCUUUGAAUUUCGAACUCGAUACGAACGAAUCAUGUGGACGAGUUUUAAAUAAAAAAACUGUGUUUUUUUUUAAACAGAGUGUUGUGUUUUUGACAAUGGCGGUGUAUUUUGGUGUCUUGUUGUGCGUAGUGGGGGUGUUAGGGUUCAAUGUGGACAUACCGUCCAGGGUGGUUUAUAAGGGUAGCGCUGACUCUAUGUUUGGAUUCACAGUGCAGGCGCACGUUGAUAAAGGCCAGAAAAUGAUCCUGGUGGGGGCGCCAGAAGCGGACUCGCAGUACCUAUCAGCGAACAGGAAACCUGGCGCGGUGUACCGCUGCGAAGCUGGCCAGAGAGGCUAUGAACGAGACACGCCGCUCGACCACUGCCAGGAGAUGUGGUUCGACAAGAAGAGAGGCAACACUCGGGAUAAGCAGCAGAACCCGAUCGAUGAGAAGUCGAACCAGUGGUUCGGGGCUACCCUCAGCAGCACAGGGAAAAAUGGACCCAUUGUGGCCUGCGCCCCUCGCUACGUCUCGUUCGUAAACCACCGACUGCAGCACCGUGACCCGGUGGGCGCCUGCUUCGUCGCUUCCUCCUCGGACGGAAAUGAUGUAAAAGAGUUCUCUCCUUGUCGCACCCAUUUCAAAACCGUGGACGAGGCGAGCCAUGGGAACAGGAAGACUGGGGUGUGCCAGGCUGGAUUCUCUGCUGCUAUUUCCAAGGAUGUCAACGGAUUCGAGCGUUUAUUCAUGGGAGCACCCGGCAGCUGGUACUGGCAAGGGCGAACAAUAUCAAUAGAUCCUACCCAGCCAUUCAACAGCUACUAUAUGAAAAUACCGGAGGAAGGUCAGAUAUACUCCCAGAGCGUUGCCUCGAACCCUAUCCUGAUUGCCACUCCAGAAGCAAACCCCAAGUUUGACGACUCGUACAUGGGUUAUUCGGUGGCCGUGGGAGACUUCGCUGGUACUAAACAGCAAGGAGUCGCUGUUGGUAUGCCGAGGGGAGCUGGACUGAAGGGCCUGGUGGUCCUCUAUACCUGGGAUCUGCAGAACAUCCAGAACAUCAGUGGUUCUCAGAUUGGCUCCUACUUCGGCUACAGCUUGGCCUCUGGUGACAUCGAUGGCGACGGCCAAGAUGACCUCAUUGUCGGCUCGCCCAUGUUCAGCAAACCUAAGAGCGACGGCUUCGAGCAUGGAAGGAUCUACAUCAUUUAUCAGGGGAAAGAUAGGUCAUUCACGAAAAACCAUUGGAUCAAUGGAGAGGUGUCCAGGGGUCGAUUUGGUUUAUCCGUCGCAUCGCUUGGGGACAUCAAUUAUGACGGUUUUGGAGAUAUCGCAGUAGGAGCUCCAUACGGCGGCGAGCACGGUCGCGGCGUCGUCUACAUUUUCCAAGGCAGCGAGACUGGCAUCAGGGACAAGUACUCCCAAGCUAUCAAGGCAGAAGACAUCUCUCCAUACUUGACGACGUUCGGUUUCUCUUUGUCUGGAGGCGUUGAUUUGGACGAUAAUAGCUACAAUGACUUGGCUGUUGGCGCUUAUAAAUCGGACAGUGUUGUGUUUUUGAAGUCCAGACCGGUAGUAAAAGUGAUGGCUGAAGUGAAAUUCCAAGAGGACACUAAGUUGAUAUCAUUGACAGACAAACGCUGUACCACUAGGGAUGGGACUAAAGCCGUCUGCUCCAAGCUUAUUUACUGCCUGCAGUACGGCGGUAUCAAUGUAGACCGACAAAUUGAAUUCAACGUGAGCUUGGACCUUGACUCGAGGAAGACGACAACCAAGAGGAUCUUGACCGAGCGACGAGAGUCCACCUACACGACAACCAUUGUGCUCGUGCAGGGCGAGCAGAAGUGUGACAGCCUCACCGUCUAUUUGGAUGAGGAGAUCCGCGACAAGCUAACCCCCAUCGAAGUGAAGAUGACGUACAACCUGAUGAGCCAGCCGCACGGUGACAUUGUACCGCCGGUCCUGGACCAGACGCAGAGCGUUCAGGCCGCAGACUCCCUGAAUAUACAGAAGAACUGUGGUCCGGACAACGUGUGCAUACCUGAUCUGCAUAUGCAGGUUUCCUCGCCGAUAAGAGAAUACACCCUCGGCUCCGGAGAGAACAUCAACCUCGACGUGACAGUCUCGAACAGUGGCGAGGACGCCUUCGAAGCGACUUACUACCUGAAGAUCCCUGCUGGAGUCACCUUCGCCAAGAUGGAGAGGCUGGAUAAAGACAGUGAAGCCAGUCAAGCCAACAUUUACUGCUCGGUCAUUGGUGGGAAGGAUGUUAGUCUGAAUACCACUUUGAAGUGUGAUCUGGGCAAUCCUAUGUCUAGAGAUGAAAAGGUCCGUUUCCGCGUAGUCCUCGAGGUCGACACCACGGUUUCCAGUAUGAUGUUCGAUAUGGAGACCAACUCCACGAAUCCUGAACAGAACACCAAUUAUGACAACGUGCAGCAUCUCUCCAUUGGUGUGGUGGUUAAAGCUAUGCUGUCAGUCAUUGGUACCUCCGACCCUCCCGAGCUCCACUACAACGCCUCCCUCUACGAGUUGGAGAACUUCACCGAUGAGGCCAAGCUCGGCCCUCAGGUCAUUCACAAGUACCAGAUCAAGAACGAGGGACCCUUCACCGCCGAUGAGACCGAGUUUUACAUCAUGUGGCCGUACCAGACUCUUACAGAGGAGAAUUUGAUGUACAUGCUAGUUCAGCCGCAGCCGCUGGGCAACGUGCGGUGCGACGUAGCCCGCAACGUCAACCCGGCCAACCUCAUCGUGUCCUCGCCCUACGUGUCAUGGCUCAACAAAGAGAAGGAAGCCAUGGAAAGCAGUGAAUUCGCAUCCAUAUACAGAGAAUAUAUAGCUCAGAAUUCCCGCGACUGGUAUGAACAAAGAUAUUACUCCGGCAGCCAAGCUGGCCAGUUCAUCGGAGAAGCAAGUAGACAGUAUGGCCAAUCAGGUGGAAGCUACAGCCAAUCAGGAGGCAGUUACCGUCAGUCAGGCGGCAGUUCCAGCCAAUCAGGUGGUGGCUACAGGCAAAAUGGCGGUUCUAGCUUCUCUGGAUCUUAUGACAGAAACUCCAUACUAGCCCAAGAGGAAGCCAGAAAAAGAAUGGAAGCUGAAUCUGUAGCCAGAGAACAGUUCAAUAGCCUCUUCGGUGGAAAGUUCGACUACAAUCGCAAUCGCGAUGAAAUACCGAAAGAUUAUACCGUGACGAAAUAUUUGAAUAGGACGGUUGUGUACGAUGACCAGAACAGGAUAGUGUGGCAAGCGGAAACUAGCACAGAAUAUGGAGGGCUGAUUGGCCAAGAAGCUGGCGGGUCUUAUCAUGCAUCUGGCAACCAAGGAUACUUCGGCCAGCAAGGUUCCCGAGGCGUCAUAACGCACAGUGGUUCCCAAGGAUCCUACCAAGGUGGUUCUGUACCGUUCGUGCAUCGAGACUUCGCGACUACGGAGACGGUGAACCGUGAUAUCAUCAACCGGGAUUCUGCGACGUACAGGGCUGGUCUGACGAGCGUUGGUGACAGUGAGGAUGAUAUUGGAGGCUUCGGAGCGCAAGCUGCACAAGGAGUUAACGGCGAAUUCAGAAGCGGUGUAACUGGAGUGGGCUACGACAGUCGACAGUCAGCCAGCCAGGGAAGCCAAGCCUCCGGUGGAAGACAAUCGGGCCAAAGCUACCAGGGCGGAUAUUCGGGAUCCCAGGGCCAGGGCUACCAGGGCGGACAGUUCAAGUCAGGUUCAAGCUCGAGGACUGGUGGAGGAUAUUCCUAUUCAAGCCAUGCUGAAUCAGGAUAUAGUGCACAAACUGGAGGCAGCUAUUCAUCAGGACAAAGACACGAAAGCGCCAGAAGAAAACGAGAGGAUCAGUUCCAGGUUGACAGUCAGCUGAGCGCCCUUCUGAAGAGCUGUAACGAGAAGUACAAAUGCGCAGUAGUCCACUGCGCUACCGGAAGGUUGCUCAAGGGACAAGAAGUCUGGGUUGCCCUGCGGACAAGACUCAACGCGAGUGUGCUCAACGAGAUCUCAAAAGACCGUCCAGUGAAGCUCUCCUCCCUCGUGGCCGCGCACGUCACUCAGCUCCCAAUAGUGGGCUCACCGAAGCACACGCACUGGCACCAGGCUGAAGCCCAGACGCUAGUCACCCCACAGCUGGGCGCUGCUGAGAGCGGCUCCAUACCGCUAUGGGUGAUCAUUUUAGCUGCCGUUGUGGGUGCCUUAUUGUUGCUGCUGUUGAUCUUCGCUUUGUAUAAGUGCGGCUUCUUCAAGCGCAACCGCCCCUCAGACCACAACGAGCGCCAGCCCCUGAACGGACGCGACGAGCACCUCUGAUACCCGCCUGCGGAGCCAGUUGCCUCCGCCGCCACCGCCACCACCGCCACUUCAGCCACCUCCGAGACUUCUGUAACCUCCUCCAGCAGCUCAACAGACGCUGCGAGUGAUGUAACCAGCAGGGACUCUACUAGUUUUGAUAGGUAUUGAAAGUUAAAAGUGAAAUUUGCAAAGCGCAGUUAGUAUUCUGAUCGGAAGCAUUCGCAGGCUGCCCCGUAGGUAGAAACGCAUUUUAUUUCGUGUAUAAGAUUUUUUUACGGCGUUUAAAGCCGAUGUUUAUUUCUCUGGGCCUAUUUUUACCAUUUAUAAUAGAAAAUCAAACUUAUCUACCUGCAAAGGCUGGAAAUCUUCAGAAACAACGGUAGACAACUUCGUGGAAUGCUUCUACGGAAUUGUUUACCGUACAGAUGCGAAUUUUGUGAAGAUUUUGUGUAUUGGAGUUGCUUUUUCUAUACCUAACAAAAGAAGAAAAAUGUGCUAGGCGAAAAAAGUGUUUGUACGGGACAGGCCUGUUGUAGAUCGAAAAAAAUGAAAUGCGAAUAUGGACAUUGUCAGUAGUGUUUCGCUUUUAGAAAAAAUCUAAAUAUUUUUGAUAAGUAGGUACCUACCUAGUUUUAGCUUUACGCUAAUCAUUCGUUUAAAUAUAUUUGUAAGCACUGCCGUAGUUAAAGCUACACACUUGUACUUUCAAGCCAUAUCUUAAUUAGGGUAGAGAUCUAAAUGGUAUAUUAUAGAUAGAUGACUUUUAGGAGUAACAUUAAAAGUUCAAGGAACUUUUUGUGUUUAAAACGAAGGUUUGAUGGUGGCGAUGGACGGAGAGCAGUUGGAAAUUGUGAAUUUUAUAUUGAUGCGACUGAGCUAUGUUCGAAAAACACUUGUUUUUGUUUAUUUUUUCAAACUCUUGUGAAUAGGGUUUGUAAAUAUUGUAGGUAUUUGUACAUUAUACUUACGUUGUAAUACAAUUGUAUACAUUAAAGAACACAACUUUUUUCUACUUUGCUCUAUCUUUUAUUCAGGAGGCGUAUUUGGUCUUCUGGAAAUUUUAAUUUCGUUUUUAUAUAUUUCUAAUGUUUUCAUAGCUCAGUAGUCAAAAUGGUUGUCUGAAAGUUGUACAUUUACUAGCAUAACAUACAGUCAUUUAACAUAACUAGACGUGUCAUAAAAAAUGCCUCGAGAUUGUUAAGGGAGUUCCAAUCUUGGUAAUUUUUUGAGAAAAAUGUUCUAAGAUUUGGAUUUCUGGUUACUGUAAAUUAUAUUUUAAUACUAGUCAUACUAAAUACAUAAUAUUAUUUCGGUGCCCUGUGUUUGUAUGUAGAGGAACAAAAUUUUAAUAGAAGAUGAUAUUAUGGAGGUGUGAUAAUGUAUGUGUUGGUAAUACCUUUUUCCACGAAUAAUGUAGGAUAUUUAGUUCAAAUAAAUAUAAAAAUCACUUGAUCUAUUAGUUUCUAUCGGGAAUAUACGAGAUAACGCUGCAAUGUCAAUUACAUCUUAAGCGAAGACAGAGUUCAAAAUUGCGAUUUAUUUUAUUAUAUUUACCGAUGUAUAUUUUUAUCAGCAGUGCCAUAUGCGUAGGUAUAAUGGAUGGAAAUGAAUAACUAGAAAUAAAAGAAAUGAGCCAUUAAUGUACACGGGAAAAGGUAUUACCUGUAAAAGAGAAAAUGUGAUCUAAGUUUUAGUAUAGAAAUGUAACUAAAUUUAACAAUAUUCGAAUUUCUUUGGCUAACUGAACUACAAAGGGUUGUAAAUGCUAAAAAUGGGAUACUUAUACAUAAUCAAGGAAGGCAUAUCUCCUACUAAAUAAGGAAUGUAGAUGGCGUGUGUCAUAUUUUCAACAUUUGGCCACUUUUUGGCAUAUUAAGGUGCAUCCACACCGGAGUUAACUUUUGUGGAGCAACACUUUGCAACACGGUAACAUUAGGUAACUUACCAAAGUUACUUCCUGUUGCAUAGUACCUAUUACUCCACAGUUGCUCCAUGAAAGUUAACUGUGGCAUGGAUGCACUUUAGCAGAAAUUACAUAGGUGUACAGAAAACAUUAGAUGGCGUUGCUAGUUAAGCGUGAGAUUUUAUAUAUUAGACAAAUAUUACGAUAAAAAAUAUGUACCUACUAUUUUGUGAUUUAAUCGAGAGAGAAAAGUGGAAUAAAACAUAUCCAAACUAAAGCAAUAUAUUACGAAAUAUUUUAAUAAAACUGUAAGAAUCUCAUCAAACUUAAGAUCCGUGCCUUAUGUCUAUAUCGGAAGAGCUUUUGCUUAAUAAAUAUACCUAAUUAUUCUAUACCCAUUUGGGCAUUUAAAAUAAUGGCUAACUUUAAAAAAGCACGUGCCUUCUGGGUCUGCCAGUUACUAACUAAUUAUAAAAUAAUGUAAAUAUUCUAAAGUAUCUUUGUUUCUUCUUGAAAUGUUGUUUUACUUUCGUUCGUCAAAAAUAAGCAUGAUUUUUAAAUCUUUGAAAACACCAAUUUUUUUAUAAUUAAUUGGCCAUAAAAAAAAUUAUACAUUUUGUUAAUAUUUUAGAAAGGUGUUCUAAAAUUAAUUUAUAUUUUAGAUUUAUUAUCGUAUUUCAGGAAGAAACAAAAAUAAUAGUAAUAACACGAUCAUUGUGAAAUUGUUAAUUUAAUAUUUUAAUUAUUUAUUUGACUCGUUUAUUAAUAAGUCAGCUUGUACUUAUGGUUAAUGGAAACUAAAAUAUUUGAUGCGCUGUUUGAAUGUGACGGAUGAGUAAUGUUCGGUAAUAUUUUGCAUUUACCAAAAAAAAUCUUUUAAUAAAAUUUUUGUUUUUCA